AUGUCGACUUUGAAACAAUUCAGUUUCUGUUCCUUUUCGUGUGAGCAACGGGUCCUCACAAACCGUGCGAGACUCAAACGCGACAUAUCGUUUAUUGUAGAAGACGAAACUGAAACGUCUAACAUUUCUCAGAUGGGCUGUUUCCUCCGUUCAUUCCUUUAUUUUUCAUUAUUCACUUUUUUAUCUAUCUAUCUAUCUAUCUAUCUAUCUAUCUAUCUAUCUAUCUAUCUAUCUCAUUCCAUACCCCCUCUCUUUAUCUCUCUAUCUAUUUCAUUCCAGCCCUAUCUAUCUAUCUAUCUAUCUAUCUAUCUAUCUAUCUAUCUAUCUAUCUAUCUAUCUAUCUAUCUCAUUCCAUACCCCCUCUCUCUAUCUCUCUACCUAUCUCAUUUAGAGCCCUCUAUCAUCUAUCUAUCUAUCUAUCUAUCUAUCUAUCUAUCUAUCUAUCUAUCUAUCUAUCUAUCUAUCUCAUUCCAUAGCCCCUCUCUCUAUCUUUCUAUGUAUCUCAUUCCACCCCUAUCUAUCUAUCUAUCUAUCUAUCUAUCUAUCUAUCUAUCUAUCUAUCUAUCUAAUAUUUGCUUUAUGUUAUUGUGCAAUAAUACAUUUAUUUGA